AUGUCUCUAGUCGUCCAGGAACAAGGUUCUUUCCAGCACAUUUUGCGUUUGCUUAACACCAACGUCGAUGGUAACAUCAAGAUUGUCUACGCCUUGACCACCAUCAAGGGUGUCGGUCGUCGCUACUCCAACUUGGUCUGUAAGAAGGCCGAUAUCAACCUAAACAAGAGAGCCGGUGAAUUGACCCAGGAAGAAUUGGAGAGAGUUGUCCAAAUCAUGCAAAACCCAACCCACUACAAGAUCCCAGCUUGGUUCUUGUCCAGACAGAAGGACAUCGCUGACGGUAAGGACUACCACCCAUUGGCCAACAACGUCGAGUCCAAAUUGAGAGAUGACUUGGAAAGAUUAAAGAAGAUCAGAGCCCACCGUGGUAUCAGACAUUUCUGGGGUUUGCGUGUUAGAGGUCAACACACUAAGACCACUGGUAGAAGAAGAUCCUAA